AUGUCUGCCACUCACACCGUCUUUGUCUCUGCGGCGACUGGAAGCCAAGGCUCGAACCUUGCCCGUCAGCUUCGCAGCAUUGGAUGGGCUGUGCAUACAACUGUCCGCAACCCAGACACGCCAGCCGCAAAGACACUCACAGGGCAAGGCGUUGAGUUGACUGUCGGCGACUGGGACGACGAGGCGGCGCUUCAGGCCAGUAUCGCCGGGUGCGACAUGCUGUUCCUCAACCUCUCGCCCUCGUUCCAGAACCUAGGCAGUGAGCGCGUGCAAGCGAGAAAGAUCCUCGCCGUCGCCAAGGCGUCCGGCGUCCGCCACGUCGUCUACUCCAGCGGGCCGGCCGCGAAGCACAUAGAGAAGCUGCCCAUCUGGAACGCAAGUAGCCUGGUGGGCCUGACGUUGCUCUCCAAGCAAGCCAUCGAAGAGACGCUCAAGGAAGCGGGCUUCGAGGCGUGGACCAUUCUGCGCGGCUCGACCUUCAUGCAGAACUUCCUGGCUCCCAAGGUGGCCAUGUACGCCGGGCUCGUCGACACCAACAUCUGGACUAUGGCGCUGUUGGCGGGCGACAAAAUGCCGCUCGUCGACGCCAACGACAUUGCCAAGUUCGCCGCCGCCGCCUUCCAGGACCCUGAGCGGUUCAAGGGGAAGGACGUUGUGGUUGUCGGCGACGAGCUGACGCCCGAGGAGAUCAUGGAAUGUUUGUCGGAAGAGACUGGUCGCAAGCUGAAGUUUGUAGCGCUGACAGACGCGGAGAUCGAAGCUCAGAAGGCGGUAAACCCUCUCAUCACUGCCCAGCUGGCACUGCGCGAGCUGAAGAACUUCAUGAAGGCUGAGGAAUCGAGGUCGUGGGGCAUCCCCAUGGCCACCUUCAAGGAGUUCCUUGCACACAACAAGGAUCUGGUUAAACAGACGUAUCCGUGA